UUAUGAUUAUUACACUUCCGAUUAAUCAUAAAACGGCCAAGUUAUAUGCAAAAACUCAAGACAAACUUAUGAAUGCCAGAGAUCGUAGAGUGGGGCUUAUGAAUGAAGUUCUGCAAGGCAUUCGCAUGAUAAAAUUCUUUACCUGGGAAAAGAAUUGGGAAAAUAGAAUAUUGGAGUCUCGCAAAAUUGAGCUUAAACAACUUCGAAAUAAUUUUAUUUAUUUGUCCAUAUUUGAUCUAUUGUGGUCGGCUUCACCUAUCUUGGUCACUAUUCUUAGCUUUUUCUUUUAUACCAAAAUUCAAGGAAAUGAGCUCACAGCAGCAGUUGCUUUUACUUCGAUAGUUGUUUUCAAUGAACUUCGAUUUGCACUUAAUGUUUUGCCUGAAGUUUUUACUGAGGCACUUCAAACCCUG